UAUUUUUUAUGUGUUUGAAGUAGAAAAAAAGUUGCAACAUUGCUAUACAUUAAUUUGCUGUUGAAGUGUUGCACCCCAACCGACAACCUGCAAUCUCACACAACUCCAUUAAAAACCAUAAAAAGUGAUUUUUGCAUCUUUAUCGCUGCUUUCUGCUUUAAUGCACCCCUUUUCGGGGAGUUUUCCUUGUCCUUUACUGCAUUACACACAGUAUUCUCGCACUUAAUUAGUGUCAAGUGGGCAUCAUUCUAAUUAUGCGACUCGAGCAGACAGCGCAGUUGUUGCCAGAUUACAAAAAUCUAAAGAAAUUGCAUAAAAUGAGAAAUAUACGCGAUGCGGAAGUGAUCUGUGACGACGAGGCAAAAAGUCAAGUACAGUGCAACAUGUUACCGGUUGACGAGUGCAGUGGGUGUCGCUGCAAUAUUGCCAGAAACAAAAUGAACAAAACUCAAAAUAAAAAAUAUCACCGCAGUAUAUCCAACAACAACAACAAUCUUAAUAGGAUUCUUACAAUUGCAGUGGUUUUAAUAUUCCUCAAUUGGUGCGAUUUCACAUAUGCCGCUCUACGUGAUGUCAAUUUAUAUGUCGAACCACCCGCCGUACGACGUGGUCAAUCAGUUUUCCUACGUUGCAGUUAUAAUCUGGAAGGCGCUCCGCUAUAUUCAGUGAAAUUCUAUCGCGGUCUAUUGGAAUUCUUUCGCUACACACCUGGAGAAUUUCCCAACACAAAAGUUUUUCAUUAUCCCGGCAUUAAAGUUGAUGAAAGUGAAUCAAAUGCUACUCAGGUUGUCAUACGAAAUGUUGGUUUCGGCCUGUCAGGUAAUUUCUCCUGUGAAGUCACUGCUGAUGCUCCAUUGUUCUCUACAGCCACCGCUUAUGCACAGAUGCAAGUCGUAGAAUUUCCAGAGAAACGUCCACAGCUGUUUACGGAGAAUGUACGUUACGAACCAGGUGAUGUGCUGCGCGCUAAUUGCAGUACACCACCAUCCCGCCCACGUGCUGAACUAAGAUUCACCAUCAAUAAUAUGCCGGUGUCAUCAAGCGAAACUCAAUACAUCAGAACAGUUGAGAAUUUAAUAGCGUCGAGACUGAGUUUGAAACUGCAAUUGCAGCCAGCGCACUUCUCGGGCGGCAGUAAUUCGCAUAUGAUAAAUACGCUGACGGGCGGCAGCGGGGGCAAUGUCGGUGUGGGCGUGCCAUAUAAUACAUUGAAUGCGCAUGGUAGUGGCAUGCCAACAGGCGGUUUGGUAUUGCGCUGCACAGCACAAAUCGGUGAUUUGUAUCAGGAAUACAAAGAAAUCGAAUUGGGUACACCGCAAAAGGAUCCUGUGCCGGCAAGAGUGACACUUUCUUCUGGUUCCGGUCUACGCAACUUCUUCGAGGCUUACUUCUCCUCUUCAGCAACCUCUCCAACAAACAAACUUAUUAAAAAUGCUGUUUGGCAAAGGCAAUUGCUUAUACUGAGUGCAGCCGCAGCUGCUGUUAUUGCAUUCCAUGGCUUACAACUGUGCAGUACCAGAUAGUUCAAU